AUGUGGCUCGGAGAGGAACCGAUUCAAACCGUUGCGGAGCAUAGGUCAGACUCAGAGGCAACGAAGAUGUUGGAUUGUGGAGGAGGAACAGGAUGUGUUGGUGGUUGCUUUUCCAAUCAAACCAGCACAAAGAAAUCUCCAACAACUAUCGGAAAAGGUGGCAACAUAGCUAAGCCUGGCUGCCAAAGCAAAUGCGGAAAUUUAACUAUUCCAUAUCCAUUUGGCAUUGGAAUAGGCUCGGGAUGUUCUAUACGACCUUCAUUCGAUAUCAAAUGUGAUACUUCUUUCAAUCCUCCAAAGCCCUUUAUUGCUUCGACACAAAAUCUUGAAGUUAUUGAUAUAACAGAUUCACAAAUGAGGAUCAGGAACUCGGUAGCUGCUACCUGUUUCAACCAACAAGGCAAAUUGACCAGGGAAGACUCCAUCAAGAUCUUGUUACCUCCAAAUUAUAGCUUUUCUGUUGCAAAUAAGUUCACGGUGAUGGGAUGUGAUGAUCAAGCCUUUACAAUAGGAGACGUGAUUCAUUUUCUUUGGUGGGUGCCAAAGGAGGAUACAUACACAUUCCGUAUCUCUGACCUCAAGGAUGAGAACUUUGUAGACAAAAUCAAUGAGAACGUCCCAAUACUCCUGGAUUGGGUGAUUGGGAACAGAAAUUGCACUGGAGAUGAAGCCGAUUAUUUAACAUGUCAGGAGAACAGAAAUUGCAGCGAAGCUCAGCAAUACAAUGAUUAUGCAUGUCAUCACGAGAACACUAUUUGCAUUGAUUCCGACUCCAAUUUUGGUGGAUAUCAAUGCAGCUGCUCUGUGGGAUAUGAGGGCAAUCCAUAUCUUGCCCCGGGCUGUACAGGUUUCAGUUUUGGCUGCUUGACUUUGAUAAUUGGCCUUACAUUGAUAUACGUUACCAUCAAGAAGAGGAAACUCAUCAAACAAAAAGAGAGAUUCUUCAAGCAAAAUGGUGGUUUGAUAUUGAAGCAGCAACUUUCUUCUAACAAGGGUAGUAUGGAAUCAACUAAAAUAUUUACUAGUGAGGAGCUUGAGAAGGCCACCAACAACUAUUCAGAAGACCGAAUCAUUGGCCAAGGGGAUUCUGGAACAGUUUACAAAGGUAUUCUGAGUGAUCGUCAUCCUGUUGCAAUAAAGAAAUCCAGAACAAUGGAUGAGAGCGAAAUAGAGAUAUUCAUAAAUGAGGUGGUUAUUCUAACUCAGGUUAACCACAAAAAUGUGGUCAAACUGAUUGGAUGUUGUUUGGAAACUGAAGUACCUUUGUUAGUGUAUGAAUACAUCUCUAACAAUACCUUAUUUUACCAUAUACACAACAGUGGAGGAAUGCCAUGGUUUUCUUGGGAUGAUCGGUUGAGGAUUGCUGCUGAGGCGGCCGAUGCACUUGCAUAUCUUCAUUCUUCAGUAGGAAUGCCGAUUAUCCAUAGAGAUGUUAAGUCUCCCAAUAUAUUGUUGGAUCAGCAUUACACCGCCAAAAUUGCAGAUUUUGGAGCUUCAAGACUUGUGCAUAUCAAUCAAACACGAGUGACCACUCUUGUACACGGAACCUUGAGUUAUCUUGAUCCCGAGUAUUUCCACACAAGUCAAUUGACAGAAAAAAGCGAUGUUUAUAGCUUUGGGGUGGUCUUGGCUGAGCUACUGACAGGUAGGAAACCUGUGUCUACUGAAAAGAGCGAAGAAGAGAUUAACCUAGCUAGAUACUUUGAAUUGUCCAUGGAGGAAAAUCGGUUGUUCCAAAUUAUCGAGCCAAGAAUAUUGAGGGAAGGAAGUUUGGAUCAAAUCAAUGCAGUGGCUGAGAUUGUUAAGAAAUGUCUCGAAUUGAACGGCAAACAAAGGCCAACAAUGAAAGAAGUGACAAUGGGAUUGGAAAAAUUGAGAAAAUUUAAUAUGCAUUCCCGAAAACAAGAAGAAAUAAUAUGUGAUGGAAACAUGGAUUCGAAAGGUGAGGAGCAAGUUGAUUUAUAUCCAGUAAAUCCUAAUGUUACCAUAUGAGAGUACUGUGGGCAAUACAGUUUGGGCACGUACAAGAUUCUUUAAGUUCAAUGAUUCCUUUUAUUUUCUCGUAU